AUGGUGAGGGAGAAGCACGAGCAGAAGAAGGUCGACGUAUCGGUGGUGCGUGGAGGCUUGAAGAGCCUCAUGCAGACGGUGUCGACGUAUGACGCGAUGCUCCAGCGGGAAAAUGCAGCAUUGCGCGCUCAAGUCCUCGACCUCACGGAGCUGCUGGCAGCGUUCGAUCUCUCGGAGCUGCACGACGCGCAUUUGGAAGCUCUAAGAGACCUAGUCUUCCAGCGCGACAUCGCGCCCGACCGCGAGCUACUGCAGGUCUACCGCGUGGAGCGACAACUGCAGGAGCAAGCUCUCUAUGAAGUGCUGGGUGGUGAAGCGACCAAGAAGAUCAGCGCAGUGAGCAAGGACGGAAAGGCCGGCGAAGUUCCCGGGCGUUUCCUGAGCAGUUCGAGCAUCGAAGUCGACGUCAAGACUCUACUAGAGCGCGUGGAGGUACUGGAACGAGAGGUGGUCGGCUUGCAACUGCACCGUGAGCUGCUCUCGGAAAGGACGAUGGGGUCGAGCUGGUCGACGCUGGACGAUGAUGAACUGGAAGACACGGAAUCCCCUCCGCCUCCCAUCGACUGCGUCACGCUCGAGCUUGAUGCUCAACACAGAGCAGAAGUCGACCGCCUCGUGAAGCAGGAAGAGCAAGAAGAUCAGUGUGAAGCAGCAGCAGCAGCAGAUCAUCAAGCGUAA